AUGUGGCACACUCCGGUGCUUCCACGUCACCAACACAGAUUUCCCAUUCAUUGCCUGUCUAUAAGGAAUCCACAGUCUGUCAAAAAAAAAAUUCAUCUAUCGAUCAUAUCUUUUCUACAAUUACGGUCGUAUUUCAUCUCUGGCUCAUCAUUCUUCUACUGCUUUGGUGUAUCUAUCAUCUUCGUUUACAGAGAAAUGGCCCAAGUCAGCAUGGUGAAGAAGGCUUCUGUUCUCGCUAUUGUCGCUGUGGCGAUCUCUGCCGCUACUGUGUCGGCUCAGGAGUUGGCUCCGGCACCUUCUCCGCUCGCUGGAGCGGCGUUCUCUCUACCGGCGUCUGGUGUCAUGAUCGGAACUUCUCUGCUUCUCUCCUUCGUUGCUCUGUUCAGGAAUUGA